AUGUGUGUGGGUAGAAAAGAAAACGAUAAAACCGAAAAGUUGCUCAUCUUACGGAAUCGGACGGAGGCUUCGCCGCUGAGUGCUGAGCGAUCUUCAACGAUGCGACGGCGAGAAGAAAAGCGACGGAAGUUACACGAAGCUCUUCUUCAAACGCUGUACCCUCCUUCUUCGCCUCCAUCUCCUUCAUCUUCUCCGUCUCCGGCCGAGGUUGCUGAUGACGACCCAUUCGACGUGACACUUAUAAACCCAGAGGAUUACGUGAACAUCGAUACAUCGAAUCACGACGAUGACAGCGACAACGGUGACGAUUCGGAGACAGCAGAGAAACCGGGUCGAGCGCAGAGGAAGAGGUUAAGGAAGAAGAUGCUCAAAGAGGAAGCAGCCCGACGGAGGAAAGUUAUCGGACCUCUACUUCCGGCAGAAAUGAUUCAAGCCCGUGAUUCAAGGGUCGCAGAUGGUGAUGGCGAAGCAGAGGCGAGUUGCUUACAACCUGCUCGACAAAAUGCCCCAGAAAAAGAAGAGAAAUUGAAUUUCGGUGGCAAUGAUAAGACGAGAAAAGUCAAGCAGAGGAGGGAGGCAAAGAAACUGGCCAGAGAGAGUUCAAAAACACAGGAUUCAACCUCUGAAAUUUCUUAA